AUGACCGGGGUCAAAGUGCCAAAGUACCGAGACUUGCCCAUCAAGCAAGGCGCCCCGAAAGGCUCGGCCUGGGGGGUGUUCGACAAAGAUAGCAAAAGAGAUGUGUACGGCACGUUGAAUUUCAUCACUCCAGAGGCGAUCUUAGCGGCCAAGGAAGAGAUCAGGGCGGGAGAAUCAGUGGUGCUCAAUCUGCCUCUUCAUUUGCCAUAUCACUCUUCGAAUAUUGGACGCUGCGAGUUCAGCCACAAGUUUUUGGCCGAUGCGUUCGAACAGAAAUGUGUAGAUGAUGAGAUCACGAUCAACACACAGGCGACCAGUCAGUGGGACGGUCUUCUUCACUUCGCCAACCAGGACCUGUCAGUAUACUACAACGGGGUGCCAUAUGAAGCCGCCUCGAUACACAGAUCCGACAAAUCAUUGGGCAUUCAGAGUUUGUCACAGCGUGGUGGGAUAGUUGCACGAGGCAUUUUGGUGGACUUUGUGCGGUAUGCAGCCAGGAAAGGAAUUGAAUACAAUCCGCUUGGACCGUACCGCAUUACGCUGGACCAGAUUCAGGAGAUUCUCCAAGAGGAGAAGGUCGAGACGCGCCAGGGUGACAUAUUGGUGGUUCGGUGCGGCCUCAGCAAGUAUAUCCGAGCAUCGACCCCAGAAGAUCCCACCCCGUUCACUGCUGGCGGGAAUCAGACACAUGUUGGCAUCGAUCCGACCCCGGAGCUCAUCGAGUGGCUCUGGGAUUCCAAUUUUGCAGCCGUCGCCGGGGAUUCGUUGGCUUGUGAAGCUGUUCCAGCCUUCGAUGGUUCGUUCGGUCGCUUGCAUACGGCUUGCCUCCCUGGUUGGGGAAUGCCGCUGGGCGAGCUGCUUGACCUGGAAGCAUUGGCGGCAUUGGCGGAAAAACAUCAGCGCUGGACCUUUUUCAUGACUGUGUCUCCUCUGAAUAUCGACGGCGGGGCUGCAACCUUGUCCAAUACUAUCGCCAUUAUGUAA